AUGAGGGUAAUUAAGAAAAAGGCUUGGUGGUCGUAUUUCAGACGAUGGAAUUCAAGCGUUACAACUUGUGAAGCAGCUAUAUUGGAAUGUUCUACAUAUUUUGAAAAGUUUAAAACAUACUCAGAAAAUUUAAUUGAGUGUAUAGAAAAAUAUAAAAAGGAUAAAGUGAUUUGCUUCAAAAAUUAUAUAAACUAUAAAAAAGAAAUAAAAGAUGUGGUUCAUUUUUUAUUCAAAGAAGAAUCAUUAAAAAUGUUAAAUAAAAAUAAUUUAUUAAGUAUCUUUACAUAUAGUGUUUUAUUAUGUAAUAGGAUAUCCUUUCCACACAAUGAAAAAAAGAAUUUAUUACUUUUAUAUAUUGAUCAUUAUAUUGAUAAGAAAGAUAAAUAUGUAAAUAAUAAUCAUAAAGAUAAUGAUAAUGAUAAUUAUAGAGAUAAUAAUAUAUAUGAUCAAAAAGAAAAAGCAAAAGAAUUAUUAUUAAUUUUAAAAUAUAUCUUCUAUUUAAAUGUAGAUUACGAUAAAUAUAUAUUUAAUCAUAUAUAUCAUGAAUUAAAUAAUUAUAUAGAUUUAUAUUCUUUGGAAGAAUUAAAUGUAUGUGUAAAAUUGUUAUCUAAUAUUAAAAAUAAAAAAUGGAUAAAUCAUAAAAUUUUUACUAGAUGCAUAAACGAAAUAAUCAAUAAAUAUAAAGAUAUAAAAAUUACAAAUCAACAUAUAAAUAAUAUUAAUAAUAAUGUAAUUAUUAAUAUUAUAAAAGCAUGUUCACGUCUUAAUUACGAAAUUAAUGAUAUACAAAUUUUGUUAGACCAUUUUAAAAAUAUAUAUCAAAAAGAAACAGAAAAUUAUGAUAAUCAAAAUAAUGAUAAUAAUAAUAAUGAUAACAAACAGAAUAAUGAAAAUAUAUAUAUGUUAAUAAAAAUUAUUUAUAAUUUAUUCUUAUCUAAUUAUCAUAAUUAUAAACAUAUGAACCAAUUAUUAUAUUUAUUAAAAAUAUAUCUAUGUCCAAAUGAAGCACAAAAAGAAUAUCCAAUAUAUCAUAAAUAUAAUUAUAAUAAUAAUAUUAUAUUAGAUAAUAAUAUAAAUUAUAAUAAUGAACAACAAAAACAUAAUAUCUCUUCAAAUUAUAUAUCUAAUGAUAAUAUUAAUAAUAUAAAUCAAUUAUAUUUUUAUAAACAACAAAAUAAAUAUAAAAAUAUUAUAUCUCGUGCAGAUACAAUCAGCUAUAUUAAUAUAUAUCGUCUUAAAUUUAUAUAUUUAUUAAUUACUUCUGAUAAUUAUCUAUUUAACAAUUUUUAUACGCCCAAUGCAAACUUUUUCGAUGUAAUAAGGGAUAUCCAC